CCUCCACAAUUAAAAUGAAUGGGAAUUAAUUGUUCUACUAUCUCUUGAUCUGUUAAAUGUGUUUAAUACCUUUAACUUGUGUAUUUUAGGCUCAAAAUUAAGAUUUAUUCAUUUUUGGGAAAUGGAUCACAGUUGGUUGCUGUCAACGGUAAACAGUUUGACACACUGUCUCUAUUUAGUGGUGUACCUCAAGGUUUUAUCUAGGGACCACAUCUGUUCCUUUUUUAUGUUACUGACUUGCGUGAUACCAUGCACUUUGAAUCUUGUGGAACCUUGAAGUUUGCAGAUGACAUUUUUAUAAUUUUCAUUUAAAAUAUUGAUAGCUUAUCAUUUUCAAAAAAAAAAAAUAAAUAAAUAAAUAAAUAAUAAUAAUAAAUAAAUGAAUAAAUGAUAAAGAGGAUCUAUUGCUCUAACAAAAAUUCGAAAAUGUUGCGACACACCUAUUAGCUGCUUUCAAAAUAACACAUAAAUACCAGUACAGUAGAACUUCGACAAUUCGUAAUCUUCUAUAAUUCGUAAUAAACUGUCGGUCCCUUGAAAAAAUCUCGAUAUUUCGUAAAAUUUACACGCAUUUUGGUCCCCUCGAUAAUUCGUAAAUUUUUCAUCUCAAAACAAAUUAUAAUCUCAUAAAAAUGUUAUAAUUUUGUUGUUAAUAUCUUUUUAUUACAACUGGUAACGCACCAAAUGCAUACCGUCAACAAUUCUUGCGAAAUUACACAAUCACUUAGCGCAGUCAACGGCUUUUACCGUUAGUUUUUCUUUAUGAUGUUGUGUGUGUGUUUCAUUGUCAGUUUGUUCGCUGACUCAGUGGUGGUAUGACAAGAAGGAGAGCGAAACAUAGAAUGGCAAGCAAACGUACGAACAAAACUUUGUCUUUGUCGCAAAAACAAAACAUUAUUGAAGCAGUUGAUAAUGGAACAAAAAAAAUUGACGUGGCUAAACAAUUUGAAAUCGCUCCAUCGACGCUUACUUCAAUAUUAAAAAAGAGAGAUUUCAUUUUGCAAUCUUCUCCUAGCAGCAAAGCAAAACGGCAAAAAUUACCAAAGUUUCCCGAUGUAGAAAAGGCUUUAGUUUUAUGGUUCAGACAAUGCCGAGAGUCUAAUUUGGAAGUUUCAGGCCCAUUAUUAAUGGAAAAGGCCAAUUUUUUCGCAAAAAAGUUAAAUGUGAACAAUUUUAAAGCAAGUAACGGCUGGCUUGAUAAGGUAAAAAAACGAAACAACAUCACGUAUAAAAAAAUAUGUGGAAAAAGUGCUGCCGUCGACGAAAAUGUUUGCUUAGAAUGGAAAGAAAAACUUAAGGAUCUCAUAAAAUAUUAUGAUGCCAAUGACAUUUUUAACGCAGAUGAGACUGGUCUGUUUUAUAAAUGCUUACCAGAUCACACUUUUUGCUUUAAGGAUGAAAAGUGUCAUGGUGGAAAACACAGUAAAGAAAGAGUGACUUUACUAUUUGCUGCAAACAUGGAUGGCACGGAAAAACUAAAGCCUCUAUUGAUUGGAAAGUCAGCAAAGUCCAGGUGCUUUAAGAACAUAAGAACGUUCCCAGCAGAAUACCGGUACAAUAAAAAAGCUUGGAUGACAACUGAAAUAUUUAACGAAUGGCUUCAAAUGUUGGACAAUAGCAUGAAGAGUCAAAACAGAAAGAUUGUUUUAUUCGUUGACAAUUGCACUGCACACAACAGGUACCCCGAUCUUAGCUAUAUAAAGGUAGAGUUCUUAUCGCCUAACACUAGUUCCGUCCUGCAGCCUUUGGAUAAGGGUAUAAUUAAAAAUUUUAAAACAUUAUACCGCAAAGAUAUGGUUACAAACCUAGUAAGUUGUAUAGAUGGGAAAAGAGAAUUUGUAUUUACACUACAAACAUCUAUGCUUAUGGCUUAUAAAGCUUGGAUGAACAUAAGCCAAUCGUGUAUUCAAAAUUGAUUCCGAGCUUGCGGUUUUGUUAAGGAUGUGAUCUACAAUGUAUCCGAUGAACCGAUUGUAAAUAUCAACAACGAAUUCCAAUGUAUUCCUUUUAAUUCCGAGAAUGUCGUUACAUUUGAAGAAUACGUAAUGUGUUGAUAAUGACGUUGGUGUUACUGGAAAUCUGGGAGAUGGCGAUAUUUUGGAACAAGUUUCAGUCGAAAAUGAUGACGAUGAUGUUGGCAAUCGCGAAGAAGUUGUGACCCAAAAAGAUGCUAAAUCAUCAAUCAAAAACUACGCUCUUUUUUUUAUCAAACCAUGCUGUUGACGAAUCAUUAUUUAACUAUUUAGAAAACUCAGUAGAUAAAAUACGAGAAAAUAGCCUUAAACAACCUUAUAUCACAGACUUUUUUCAUGUUUAAUUUCAUUUAUUUUAGUUUUUAAAUCAAGUGUGCUUAUUUAAGCUAUAUGAAUUGAAGUUUUUGUUUUUUUUUUCUGAAUUUUUAUAUAAAUAUUUUAAUAAAUGAAAAAACCUCGAUAAUUCGUAUUUUUUUUAUUUUAAUCUCGUUAAUUCGUAAUAUCGAUAAUUCGAUAAUUCGUAAAAAUUUGCUGGUCCCUUGAUUGAAUUACGAAUUAUCGAAGUUUUUAUGUAUUACUCCAAUAGCGUAUAAAUAAUUUAUUUCAAUGGGAAGAAUUCAUUUUUUUUUCGAUUUUUUAGAUUUAGCAUUAAUUUCAAUAUUAGUAAUAUUCGGUCGCUGUGAGUUUGGUACAUUUAGUUUUUACAUUGACCAUAACCAAAAAUCCAGCCUCACAUAGAUAUGAGGCAAUAAAGUUGAGGAGGACUUUCAUAGCUUCAUGAAAUAGGCAAAGAUACUUCCCAGCAACCCAGAGCCAGAAUUUCGUUUAUUGUUUGCGAUUGAAAGCACAUUUCAGUUAUAUAAAUAAAUGAGCUCUUCACUCGCAUUUGUCGACAUAUUAGUUGGCCCAAAAAUAGGUUAAAUAUUCCCCCAAACUUUUCAAAGUUUUACAUCUUUUCCUCGAAAUGAAUGCCAAAGUUAUUUCUUCGGCAAUUGCAGCAAGUUUUUUCAUCUUGGGUUGCACUUUGUUUUCUACUAAUUGAGUUUUAAGUGAUUCAAAACAAUCAUAUUUACCGUUCUUAAAACAACUCUUUUUGUCGUUAAUUUAAUGGAACGAUUUUCAUUUUAAUUACAUUGUGUUAAUGUUUUCUGAGCUAUUGUUUAAUUGGACAAAAUAUAUUUUAUUGUUUCAUUAUAUCAUUAUAGCUUGGGAGCCAAAAAUUGGAAAAAUUAUAUUAUGGUUUUUGCACUUUAUUAUAAAUAAUAUUAUUUUAUAGUAUUAAAAGCCCUGUAUUAUUCUUUCUCGACAUCUCUUCAAUAGUGUUUGAAGGGUAAAAGUUUGGUCGGUUGAAUUUAUGGCAAAAAAAAAUUUGAAUCGCGUAGCCGGUGUUGGACAUACCGGAGAGGAGAAAAUCCCAAGCCGAAGGCCGGCUUUCAUGAAUUUUAUGACUAAUAUCUUCCGAACUACAAGAGAUACCAGCAGAUUUUGGAAAGGCUAGAGUGUAGUAUGUACAUCAUAAAUAUCAAUUUUCUUGUAUUACUCCGGAACCCCAUGACUUAAAUCUUUAUCAAAUAACCGGCGUAAAAAAAUUCCCACGGCAAAAUUCUUGAUUUGUGUUUGUAAAUAUAACACAGCAUUUUCAUACAUUCAGAACUUUAUAUAUCUCCGAGUCCGAUUCAUUUAAAACAGUCCUUAAUUACAAAAAAAAAAUAAUUUUCGAAAACUGAAUACCCUAAUUUCCUGCGUAAAAUGGCAUCUGUGUGCCUGUGUAACAGCCAUAAAAAUCUGGAAUAUGUAAUUGAUAAAUUUUAUGAAAUUUUAAAUAGAUUUAAACUGGUAUGGGUUCCAACUACUAGAGUUAAAACUUAUAAUAAAUAUCCAUUGAUAACCCUUAAGUUAUCAAGUUUAAAAAAUUCUAAAAAUAAGCUUCUUCGUAAAUAUAAAAACUCAGGCUUAACAAUAAACUAUACUUAUUACUCUGCUGCUAGAUCUAAAUAUACUUUAGAGUCUCGUAGAUUGUACGAUCUUUACCUCGGCAAGAUUGAAACAAAUUAAAUCCAAUGCUAAAUCUUUUUAUGAUUUCGUUGACCUAAAACGAAAGGUUUCCUCAAAGCCAUCAGUUUGAAAUAUAACAAUAAAGAAUUUGUCAAAGGCACAGAUAUUGCUGAAUGUUUCGCAGAUUUUUUGCCACAAUCUAUUCCAGUACAUCUUGCCAUAUUAAAGAUUCGUAUCCUUAUAAGUUGUCUCAGGCUGAUCAAAUUUGUAUGCCUUUUCUACAACGUAAAGAAGUGUCCAAUAGUCUGUAGUUUAUAAUCAAUUAAAUAUACAGGAUGGUAUACCUACAAUAAUUCUUAAAUAUUGUUCAAAAACUUAACACUUCCUUCAACCAUAUUGUUUAAUUAUUCACUUAAAUUUGGUGACUUUCCUACUUUGUGGAAAAAAAUCUUAUAUUAUACCUUUACAUAAGUCUGGUAGUCUUACGAGUUAUAGAGGAAUUGCAAAAUGUAGUGUCAUUCCAAAAUUGAUAACUGGAGUAAUUUCACUGAAAAUUCAAUUUAUAUUGUGUCCAUAUCAGCAUGGUUUUCGUAGUGGUCUUUUAACUACAACAAAUCUUAUACAAACUACGUCAACAGUAAUAAAAGGAUUUGUUCAGCGUAAACAAACUGACACAAUUUAUACUGAUUUUUGUAAAGCUUUUGAUAGGGUUAACCAAGAACUUCAAACAUAUAAAUUAAAUUAUAUAGGUUUCAAUACAAACUUAAUCAAAUGGAUAUCAUCUUACUUACAAGAUAGAUCACAACUAGUUUUUUUUGAAGAUUAUCUAUCCAAAUCGAUUAACGUUCCAUCGGGUGUUCCGCAAGGAAGUAACCUUGGGCCGGUCCUCUUUUUUUAUUUAUCAACGAUUUACCUAAUUCCAUAAAUUACUCGAAAUUGUUAAUAUACGCAGAUAAUGUUAAAUUAUUAAUUUCCCAUAAUUGUGAUAAACAAGCUAGUUUACUUCAAAACGAUUUAAAUGGCCUCUUUUAAUGGUACAGGUUAAAUCGUUUGGAUUUAAAUUAAAGCAAAUGUGAGCAUAUGUGCUUUACCAGAUCUUCUUCUCUCAUAUUGCAAUAUAAUAUUGAUGGUCAUUCAUUAUCAACUGUUGUUGUUGUUGUAGCAGCUCAUACAUCUGUGUUCGUUCGGUUUCCAUUUUCUGACUCCAUUCAAUCAGGUUCUGCCUCUAAGUCCAGUCUCAAAAGGGAUGCAACCUGUAUGGGUUGUGUCCAUAACGAGACUGGAGUUAGGUGAGUAGGCUUGGCUGGGCAGCGAAAUAGGUUCAGCGUGUUCUCAUUUUAGAAAAGCGAUGGAGCUUCUUUUGGCUUUGGAUGCAAAAUAUCGAAUAUUACUCAGUCCACUCUGUGUUGAAUGUACAUUUUACAUUUUUUGUGAAAAAUUCAUAUUUUACCCGCACAAUUUUUGAAAAAAACUUAUAUUUUUAUAUAGGUUUUUAAGUUCUAGCAGUACUUGCAGAGCAUUAAUCUAUAACAAUCAUACACAUUAUUAUAAUUUCUAUCAUUUUUAUUGUUU